CCCAGCUCCACAAUGCCGCCAACGCCAACCAGAAAGAGAAGUACGAGGCCGACCUGAAGAAAGAAAUCAAGAAAUUGCAGCGGCUGAGGGACCAGAUCAAGACGUGGGUGGCUUCCAACGAGAUCAAGGACAAGCGACAACUGAUCGACAACCGGAAACUCAUCGAGACGCAAAUGGAAAGGUUCAAGGUGGUGGAGCGUGAGACGAAGACGAAGGCGUAUUCCAAGGAAGGGCUGGGGCUGGCCCAGAAGGUUGACCCGGCCCAGAAGGAGAAGGAGGAGGUCGGCCAGUGGCUGACGAACACCAUCGACACCCUCAACAUGCAGGUGGAUCAAUUUGAGAGCGAAGUGGAGUCGCUCUCGGUGCAAACCCGCAAGAAAAAAGGGGAUAAAGACAAACAGGACCGAAUCGAGGGGCUGAAGCGGCACAUCGAGAAGCACCGGUACCACGUGCGGAUGCUGGAGACGAUCCUGCGGAUGCUGGAUAACGACUCCAUCCUGGUGGACGCCAUCCGGAAGAUCAAGGACGACGUGGAAUAUUACGUGGAUUCCUCGCAGGACCCCGACUUCGAGGAAAACGAGUUCCUCUACGACGACCUCGACCUCGAGGAUAUCCGUAAGGGCAGGGGGGGGCGCCCCGAGAAAUGGGAUUUUGUCCGAGCGGGGUUUUAUCGAGGGGUCGGGAUUUUGUCAGAGCGCGAUUUUGUCAGAGCAGAAUUUUAUCACGAGGAGUGA